CAGUUACGUGCUUAGUAUGUUUUUCUUGAACUCCGGCUUCUUUUUUGCUGCUUGUUUCCUUUUACAACCCUAAGCUACUUGUUGAUGAAUACAGAUAAUCAUAUAUUUAGUUCGUGGGAAGAGCAUGUUGUUUCUCAGGGGAAGGGACGUCGUGUUGUGCACUACUACUUGAAGGAUACCUCAGAGGAGUUAAUCCUUGUUGUUGUGGGUACUGAAAGAAGUUCGAUGCACAUUCUAUAUGUUGUCUCAGUCUCUCAGAGGAUUUUUUCGAUGCUUUUGGGUACACAAGUACCAUAAAUUCUGAGACAAAGUGGCGUGCAAGAAGUGGAAUGGCUGACGUUUUUGAUUUCAAAGUAUCACCGAUCACCACCUUUUCAACUGCCUAUGGAAUUGUAGGUCUUGAAUGUCCUUAUUUUUAGCUGAGAUCAUGAGGACAUCCUUGUCAGCUUUCAUGAUCUUCUUGAUCGGGAAAGGGGAAGUAGGUGGUUCUUAAAAUCAUUAACCUGCUCCAUUUCCUGCCGCUGAUAAGUCCAGAACAUCUACAACUGCUCUUCCUGCUGCUCAAGGAGAUGCUGCGUUGGGCACCCAGCGCACUGACCCGCCGAUUUCUCAGAGUUGUUUUCCAUGGCGUUUUGGACGAGAGGGGCGAUAUGUAAGUCUAUCCUUGUUAGAAGUAUUGGUGAGAGUGGCCAUUCUGGUAUCAGAAAGUCAAUUCAUGGUAACCAGAUAGCAAAAGCCAAACCACAAACUUAUGCAAAGUUAAAAAUAAAAUUUCCAAGCAUAGGGUCGGUUGGAAUUCAGCUCGUUGAGCCUCAAUAUAAGCUGUCUUUUGAAGUUGGUGACAACUUAGAGGUUCUUUGCCGUGAUAGUGGCAUGAGAGGCUGCUGGUUCAGGUGUUAGGUCUUACAGGUAUCACAAAAACGUCUGAAAGUUCAAUAUCAUGACAUCCAGGAUUGUGAUGGUCUUCAAAAGCUCGAGGAAUGGAUUCCUUCCUACAGAGUUGCAGGCUCUGAUAAAUUGGGCAUGAGAUGCACAGGACGCCUCACAGUUCGGCCCCGGCCUCUGGAGGAUUCUUCUGACUAUUCUUUUGAAGUAGGAGCUGCAGUUGAUGCUUGGUGGUCUGACGGGUGGUAGGAAGGUGUUGUUGCUGGAUGUGAUGUCUCUGGAAGCCGUCAUCUUAAGGUUUACUUCCCUGGUGAGAACAUAUUAUUGGAGAUUCAAAGGAAGAACGUGAGGACUUCAAGAGAUUGGAUAGAUGACAAGUGGAUUGCAGUUAAGGGAAAGAAAGACAUAAAGUCGUUCAUAAGCUCAAGUUUAACUGAUGAAUCCAAGUGCAGUAUCAAAGAACUGGGAACUGCAAAAAGCAGAUGGCUCCAAAGCUUGUGGCAUCUGAAGACAACAAAAUGGCGUCAACUUCUAAAUACUCAGUGGAGAAGCAAGACACUGAUGUGCUUAAACUGAAAAAGCGAUGGUGGAUUGAUUUUCUUGCAGGUAACAAGAACUGAUUUCAGACAAUUCUACAGGUACAUGGGUAAUUUAGAGAGGUCCCGAACCACGCACGCACUCCCUCAGCAAUAUAAAACAACCCUAGCAUUCAAAUCGAACACAAAAGGAAAAUUGCAAACAAAGGAAGAUAUCAAAAGCCGUCAAAGCAAAUGGAUGUUGUUGAUGAGGAUGGAUACAGAUAGUCAUGUAUUUAGUUCGUGGGAAGAGCACGUUGUUUCUCAGGAGAAAGGCCGUCGUGUUGUGCACUACUUCUUGAAGGAUACCUCAGGGGAGUUAAUCCUUGCUGUGGUGGGUACUGAGAGAAGUUCAAGGCGCAUGCUAUAUGUUGUCUCAGAGGAUUAUUUGGAUGCUUUUGGGCAUACAAGUACCAUAAAUUCUGACAAAAAGUGGCGUGCAAGAAAAGACGUAGUGGAAUGGCUGACAUUUUUGAUUUCAAAGCAUCACCGAUCACCACCUAUUUCAAAUACCCCGAGAAGAGAAACUAGAAGGAGUGCUUUGAUGGCUGGUCACAUAUCUGAUGAGGUCUCACAAAAUAUAACCCGAGAAGAUCCUUCAACGCAAGGACCUAGGGGGAGUAGAAGCGUCGGUGAGAGUGACCAUUCUGGUAUCAGAAAGUCAAUUCCUGGUAACCAGAUAGCACAAGCCAAACCACCAACUUACCCGAAGUUAAAAAUAAAAUUUCCAAACAUAGGACCAGUAGGAAUUCAGCUUGUUGAGCCUCAAUAUAUGCGGUCUUUUGAAGUUGGUGACAACGUAGAGGUUCUUUGCCACGAUAGUGGCAUGAAAGGCUGCUGGUUCAGGUGUAAAGUCUUGCAUGUAUCACAAAAACGCCUGAAAGUUCAAUAUGAUGACGUCCAGGAUUGUGAUGGUCUUGAAAAGCUUGAGGAAUGGAUUCCUUCCUACAAAGUUGCAGGCUCUGAUAAAUUGGGCAUGAGAUGCACAAGACGCCUCGCAGUUCGUCCCCGGCCUCUGGAGGAUUCUGCUGACUAUUCUUUUGAACUAGGAGCUGCAGUUGAUGCUUGGUGGUCUGACGGGUGGUGGGAAGGUGUUGUUGCUGGAUUUGAUGUCUCUGGAAGCAGUCAUCUUCAGGUUUACUUCCCUGGCGAGAACAUAUUAUUGGAGAUCCAAAGGAAUAACGUGAGGACUUCAAGAGACUGGGUUGAUGACAAAUGGGUUGAAGUUGAGGGAAAGAAAGACAUAAAGUCGUUCAUAAGCUCGAGUUUAACCUAUGUAUCCAGGUGCAGUAUCAAAGAGCCAGGGAACUGCGAAAAUCAGAUGGCUCCCAAGCUUGUGGCCCCUGAAGACAACAAAAUGGCUUCAACUUCUAAACACUCAGCGGAGAAGCAAGACACUGAUGUGCUUAAACUGAAAAGGCGAUGGUGUAAUGAUUUUCUUGCAGGAUGGACCCAGAUAAUCAUGUAUUUAUAUCGUGGGAAGAGCACGUUGUUUCUCAGGGGAAGGGCUGUUGUGUUGUGCACUACUACUUGAAGGAUACCUCAGGGAAGUCAAUCCUUGCUGUGGUGGGUACUGAAAGAAGUACAAGGCACAUACUAUAUGUUGUCUCAGAGGACUAUUUGGGUGCUUUUGGGCAUACGAGUACCGUAAAUUCUGACACAAAGUGGCGUGCAAGAAAAGAGGUAGUGGAAUGGCUGACGUUUUUGAUUUCAAAGCUUCACCAAUCACCACCUAUUCCAGGAAAGUAUCAGAAAGUCAAUUCCUGGCAACCAGAUAGCACAAGCCAAACCACCAACUUACCUGAAGUUAAAAAUAAAGGUUCCAAACAUAGGAC